AUGGCAGCAUCACAAUUGCCAUUCGAGAUCCUGACAAUCGUCGCUACAUUCACUUCAACCCAAGACAUACUUUCGUGCACAACAGUCUGUAAAACAUGGACAGCACCCUUUCAAAACUCGCUGUGGCAUACAAUAAACAUCCACUGCAAAGAAAAAGCCAAAUAUUUCUUCCAUGCACUUUCAGCUCACCAAGAUAUAUAUGAAAAGAACGGUCAUCGUGUAAGGUCAUUGUUCUUGGCCCGAAAUCUUGGCAUGAUCGAUGCAGAACUGUGUAGGAUGCAGGCUUAUUUCACUAAUCUGAGAUGCCUGAGUAUACAAUACGGCAAUAUUUGCACAUACUCUCAACGAACAGUUGGAAACUGGGGACUGUGGGGAUCAUUAAAGCAUCUCGAAAUCCACUUUCCCGGCUUGACAAAGAAGAGUCGAGCUAAAGCAAUGUUUAAGAUGCUGUCUGUUUUGCCUGGUCUCGAACGACUCAUCAUCACAGAAGACUAUGGCAAUCCAAAUCACCGUUUGACCUGGAGAGACAUGGAAACCUUACACAGUUUUCUGCCGCGGUUAUAUUAUUUCCAUAUGGACGUUCCAUUUGGCGCUAUUUAUCCGGAAGAUCUAGAUAAAAUCAGAUGUCUUUCUCCAGAACCAAACUUGAUCACAGUUCAUCUCUUCAAUAACACGCUAUCACUCGGGUGGCUAUACUAUGCUGCAAUAAAAUAUCCAGAGGUCACUAAUUUUGGAUGGAAAGUAAACAGAAAAGAAGAAUCGACGCUGGAAUACUAUGAAAACAUCGAAUGUCCCUACUAUGACGACCCCUAUGAUUAUAGCCCCGGUAGCCCUUUAUACUCUGAUAUCUCAGAAGAGGACGACAUGGUUUUCGAGACCCAAGAAGAAGCUCUUACCGCAUUUGCAACUCUGGCCCAGUUCUUCCCUCGUCUGGAAACGCUCGCCAUAGAUGAAAGGCAGAUGAAAGAAUGGGUACAUAGCGUCUUUUGGGUAACCCUCCGCCACUUUGAUGUUUCACCAAAGCAUUUAAGAUUUAGCCUUGGUGAACCCAUCAAUGCAUUCGAGAAAUCACAGGAGACUAUCGACAAAUGUAUUCUAGCUUGCUCCACAACUAUUGAGACCCUAGAACUCGAGAUAUCCGACUCUCACCUGUUCCAUACUCCAACAUAUUUCGACUCCUUUUCUCAUCUAGUGCAUGUCAAACUCAAGAUGUACAGUGUCAACCUUGAACUAGACAUUCUAUUGGACAAUUGGGUCUCCUUGAAAACUUUGAGCCUGAGUAUGGAUGUUGAGAAGAUAUCUAUUACUACCAAAAUUCCCAGAUACCCUCCAUUACAUGGCUUACAGACAAUCGAAAUAGAAUUAGCUGUCAUGCACUCCAACGUCUUUACCUACCUCUCUUCCCGCUGCAGGCAGCUCAAUACCAUGGUUUUGAGACAGGUUGAAAUCCAGGAUUCUGUUUCUAGCAAAACCGGCUGUUUCUAUUUCAAUAUGCCACACACUCAACUCAAAACGCUAAGGAUGCACGAGGUUUCUUUCUAUUAUCUGGGCGAAAGGGAUCAAAACGAUGAUGUAGAUAGGUUCGUCAACCUGGUUACGAUUGAACAAGAUAAGGAUAUAGUCCAACAUGAUGAUUCGGACAAAAGUACUGCUGCUAGCCUUUCCAAAGAUGAUCCUGUGCCUCAUUCUCAUCCAUUGUGGGUCCAUAUUUGCGGGAAGUUUAAAGGUUCCAAAGCCGAAACUGUGGUGUGGACUCUAGGAAAGAAAGAAGUUGAAUCUGUUUUAAGAUAUUUUGAAGCAUUCCAAUCGAAUAGCAAGAGCCGGGGUAUUGAUCGAAAAGUCACGCGCAGUUAUCGUGGAUUAGUGACAAAGGAUCUGUGGGAAACGGAUAUACCUCAUGGCUAUGUUAAAUUAUACUGUAAAUACGUAGGUGAAUAUUAUAUUGACAAUUUUGAGCUAUCAAACGCUACUCCAUACCCAAGUUAACCCACACACACACACACACACACACAUAUAUAUAUAUAUAUAUAUAUAUAAAUAAAAGAGCGUUUCAUGUCAAU